GCCAUUUAUUUAUCAUUAUCAUUUAUUAUCAAUAUCAUGAUGCUGGCGGCGAUGCUGUUGGAUUUAGAGUAUACUAUGCAGGUUACAAGACAGAAGACCUGCAUUGCCCUCAUUUUUGCAUGUCUACUUAGAAUGGCGAUUUCCGUCGUUCAGAGCCAAGCGUUCGCAAAUUGCACUUACUCUUGCAACUUUGAGGUUGAGGACGAAUGCCAAUGGAGCCAAGAUAUUUUAAGCGAUAAUUUAAAUUGGUUAAGAAAACAAGGCCACAUAAGAGGCUCUCAGGGAAUCAUCUAUGAAGGUCCAUUUGUAUAGACCAUACGAAGGGUUCAGGCGUUCUGAAAAGCACUAGUCAAGGACCAGGUGCACUGCAAUUCCGCGGAGGAAAAUGUAUUCAUAUAUAUGGAGGUGGUUUUAAAAAACCAGAGGAUGGAAGUAGACUUGUAAUUCACAGUGGCUGUAGUGAAGAAAGACUGAAAUUCGAGUUAGGAUCAGACGGAAUAUUGACGCACACUAAACAUCACAUGUGCGUGAAGCCCAUAGGGCCAGUGAUUGAUGGAGUGAAAGUUGGUGUUUAUAGAAAUUGCAACAAAUCUGACACAUGGAGCUGGACAAAAAGUGGAUCUCUUCAAUACCAGAAAAAAAAGUGUCUGACAGCGAAGAAUGGAGUGCACCCUGUGGAUGAAGAGAAUCUUGUGCUCAGUUCUGUUUGUGAUCAGCUACAUAAUUUUAUUAAGUUUGUACCCAUUGGGUCAGGUUGGUAUCUAUACAUGCAAAAUUCUCGGUCAUCCAAAAGAAAAGAUAGUGAAAGUGCACGAUUCAUCUCCCCAAACAUUACUACAGUCAAAUCGUGUCUUCAUUUCUACUAUCGCAUGUUUGGCCAGCGCGCUGGAAGUUUACAGGUGUACGUGUCGUCUGAAGGUAGCAUGGGAUUCCCCUUGAAGAGUUUCUAUGGUCCCCGCUGCAGGGGCUGGAAUCGAGCACAGGUCGCUGUAAACAACCAAACGACUCCGUAUCAGUACGUUAUCGAGGGUGUACGUGGUGUCAAUGACGUGGGGAACAUUGCCAUUGAUGAUAUUUGUGUGAGGGAUUCAUGCAGUGAACCAUUAGAACCAGAACAACAACCAAACUAUCGGCAACAAAACAAUUCGCAACUAAAUGCAACGACACCUCCGUUCGUUAAAGAACAGAAACUAAACACUUCGCAACUAAGUGCAACGACACCUCCGUCCGUUGAAGAACAGCAACCAAGCCAUCGGCAACAAAACAAUUCGCAACUAAAUGCAACGACACCUCCGUUCGUUAAAGAACAGAAACUAAACACUUCGCAACUAAAUGCAACGAUACCUCCGUCCGUUCAAGUCUGCAAAAAAGCGAAUAUUUCGAGCGAAGUCUCGAGCAAACUCCCCAUUUUCAUAGCGGUGAAUUUAUGUGUGCUGCUUUUGAUCGUGGUAAUCAAUAUCAUUGUGCUGGUAAAAUGCAGACGACGAGACCAAAAACCAAAGGUAUUAACUCAGGAUCAGGACAACAUUUCACUAACGGUGGUCGAAAGCUUACAAGGACCAUGAGGAGUUAUUGACUGAGUUGGAUAUUUGAAAUGUAUCAAGACUGUUUCCUUCCUGCAACUCUGCUUGUUAUCUUACCAAGAAGGAUAGUUAUAUAAUGAUUGAAGAGAGACUCGGAAGCAGCUGUGAAUAUCCAGUGUCUAUAUCCAUGGAACCGUUUACACUAUAUACCAGAUACACUCAUCACGACAUCUUCGUUUGUCUUUAAUGAAUUAUUGUUAAUGAGUCUAACUUCCAAUCAUAGCGCAGUAUUUUGGUCACAUGUAUACAUCUGUAAUUCUCCAUAAAGGUCUUAUGAAUUAGUAUUCAUUACUUGGUUACAAACAUGCCGUAAUAGGGGUCUAUUAUAGGGGUUAUGAAUUUAUGAAGGGGUUAUGUCUAUUUUUUCACUUCUUUUAACCGCAAACCGCAGGGCAAUUUGUGCUAUAAACGUAACUGCAUAUUUUCCACAUGCAGUGACCUACAUAAUGAUUAUAGAAGUAAAACAUUUUAAUUAAUGAAUAAGAAAUUGUCAAAAAGCGAGUAUAUGUAAUUAUAGCUCAAUCACACAGGCUACGCAGCCAGUGGCGUAGCCAGCCUGACGAUUUU